UUCCCCCUACCCAGUAGAUGGCAGCAGUACACUUUACCACUAAAUACCAGAGUGGACGAAGAAGACAAAAAGCAAGCUAGUUAGCUAUUUAAUUGUUUUGCAAAUACAUUCUGAAUUGGUAGACUUAUAUAUUAUCUAGGCUUGUUUUAUAAUAUUUUCUCUCGUCAUCAUGGACGAGGAAUAUUACGAGCGAAAUAUUGGAGACUGGGAUGGUCCGGACGGCAAUCAGGAAGACUAUGUGGAAGGGGAGAAUGAUGGAAAAGUUCAGGAGGACUGUCUACAGAGGUUCUCUAGCAGAGAUUACAUCAUGGAACCGGCUGUGUUCAACACCCUCAAAACGUAUUUCCAAGCUGGUGGCUCCCCUGAACACGUCAUUCAGCUUCUGUCGGAAAACUACUCUGCUGUGGCCCAGACGGUCAACCUGCUGGCUGAGUGGCUCAUCCAGAUGGGUGUAGAGCCAGCACAGGUGCAGGAGCGUGUGGAGAAUCACUUGAAGAGUCUUCUGAUUAAGCACUUUGACCCCCAGAAGGCCGAUUCAAUCUUUACUGUGGAGGGAGAGACUCCAGGCUGGCUGGAACAAAUGAUCGCCCACACCACCUGGAGAGAUCUUUUCUACAAGCUGGCCGAGGCCCAUCCUGAUUGUUUGAUGCUCAACUUCACUGUCAAGCUCAUCUCAGAUGCGGGCUACCAGGGGGAGAUCACCAGCGUGUCCACAGCGUGCCAGCAGCUGGAGGUGUUCUCCAGGGUCCUAAGGACCUCUCUGGCCACGCUGCUGGAUGGAGGAGAGGACAACCUGGAGAAGAACCUUCCAGAGUUUGCAAAGAUGGUAUGUCAUGGGGAGCACACAUACCUGUUUGCCCAGGCCAUGAUGUCCAUCAUGGCUCAGGAGGAGCAGGGUGGAUCGGCCAUGCGCAGGAUUGGCCAGGAAGUACAGAAGUCUGCACAUCAGAGGGGCCACGACGCCAGUCAGAUCACUCUGGCUUUGGGCACGGCAGCAGCCUACCCUCGAGCCUGCCAGGCCCUGGGUGCAAUGCUGUCGAAAGGAGCACUCAACCCCGCCGACAUCACGGUUCUCUUUAAGAUGUUCAGCAGCAUGGACCCACCCCCCGUAGAGCUGAUCCGAGUGCCUGCUUUCCUGGACCUCUUCAUGCAGUCGUUGUUCAAGCCAGGCUCCAAAAUAAACCAGGACCAUAAACACAAAUACAUUCACAUCCUGGCUUAUGCUGCCAGUGUGGUUGAGACAUGGAAAAAGAACAAGCGGGUGAACAUCAACAAGGAUGAGCUCAAGUCCACGUCCAAAGCCAUUGAGACGGUCCAUAACCUGUGUUGCAAUGAGAACAAAGGAGCGACCGAGCUGGUGGCUGAGCUCAGCACUCUGUACCAGUGCAUCCGGUUUCCGGUUGUUGCCAUGGGGGUGCUGAAGUGGGUUGAUUGGACUGUCUCUGAGCCUCGAUACUUCCAGCUCCAGACAGACCACACCCCUGUCCACCUGGCACUUCUGGACGAGAUCAGCACUUGUCACCAGCUGCUACACCCGCAGGUCCUCCAGCUGCUGAUCAAGCUCUUUGAGACAGAACACUCCCAGCUUGAUGUCAUGGAGCAGAUGGAGCUCAAGAAAACCCUUCUGGAUCGUAUGGUCCACCUUCUGAGUCGAGGAUACGUGCUGCCUGUGGUUGGAUACAUUCGCAAAUGCCUGGAGAAGCUCAACACAGACAUCUCUCUUAUCCGCUACUUUGUAACAGAGGUGUUGGAUGUCAUUGCCCCUCCGUACACGUCAGACUUUGUCCAGCUGUUCUUGCCCAUCUUGGAGAAUGACAGCAUCGCUGGCACCAUUCGCACGGAGGGAGAACACGAUCCUGUUGCUGAGUUCAUAGCACACUGCAAAUCCAACUUUAUCAUGAUGAACUGAGAGCGACCAAGUGGCCUACCUUAGCUGAGGAUCCAGCAGGAAUACGUGGGAGGGACAGAAGGCCAGCCUUGGGUUGUGAGCCUAUCAUCCCAGGACUGGUUCCGCUGAGGACUUACGGAGAAGAGAUGAAACGUUGCCAAUUUUGAGGCAGACGACUGAAUAUUUGCAUUUAAUGGUAUUUUUGAGUGGGGCAGUGCCUCCUUUAAUAUACAAUUUUUUUGUUCCUUUGAUGAAGGUCAAAGGCCUGGACUGGGUCAAAUGGCGGUAGGCCAGAUUUGAACCCCUACCAAGUCUCACAUAUGCCAGGGUCCACAACUGUAACAGCUGUAUCAUAUAGGCCACUGCACGUAUGUUUGAACCUGCAGUUUAGAAUUCUGUUCCAAUAUGGUGUAAAUAUUCUUUGUGAUAAGAUGUAGUGUCAUUGCUUAUCACGGUGUCCAGAGGUUUGAGAGCUUUUCAUAGUGCAGCACCAUAAUUGAAUACACUGUACUUUACAUGUGUGGUAUGGGGUUAUGUUGCUUUUUCAUAUUUUUAUAUGUAACUGAGUGCUCAUAUUCCCACUGAAAGGAUAUCUUUUUCAUGGUAACCUUGGUACUAACAUGUUUUUAUUGGUUUCAGUCAUAGCAACAGUAAAAAAAAAAAUUUUGGUUAAACAAGCUUCCAUCAUAGGCCUGGGCUCAAACAAUGUAUUGCACUGUUCAGUGUUACUCAGUAGUCUCACAAAUUCUAUAUUUUAAAAUUGUAAGUACAGCUGUCCCAUCCCAGCAGGGAAUAGAUAAGGACAUAGGGUCUCAGAUGUUGCACACCAAGUUGUUCUGCUUAUCACCCAAACACACUUGGGGAGCACUUCGGCUACAGACCAGUUGGCUUGUCGGUGCUGGCCCACCCUUUGGGGAAAAUUACCCUGGGUUGUAGUGUUUUAGACUGCUGUACCACUUCAGAGGCCUGUGCCUCACAUUUCACGUAGUGAAGAGAGAGGAAAGCCUCAGCAUGGGUCACCAGGAGGGUGUCUGGUCUACACUCCAAUGUUGUGAGACAGUGCCUUAAUGGUUGAAUCCUGGCCUUUACUUCUGGAUACAAUCAUUCACUUGAUUUACAAACAUUGCAUUGUUACAAAUUUGAUCAAGAACAGCAAUGAAAAACAAAUUAAAAUUCCCUCUUCCUGAUUUUACAGUUGUAAACUUACUGUAAAGAGCCUGAGAUUCACAGAAAACAGUAGAUAUAUCAAAGACAGCAUUG